AUGCAUGGAUCUCUUACUCAAAACCAUUCCUUGACUUAAGCCUCUUCUCUUUCUCUCUUAAGUUUCUUUCACUUUCGUGGUCUUUAGCUUUAUUAACCCAAUACUCAAUUCCUAGCUGAAUACACAUUGCUCAUCUUAUCUUUACACCCAACCUAACUCCCCUAAUUAAGCUAUCUUAUUGUCUGUCACCUUCUACUGCCUAAAGUGGAAUGGCAUCAAGCUCUCUCAAUUCUUCACGCGGUUCUAACUCUUGGACACCAAAGCAAAACAAGCAAUUCGAGAGGGCUCUGGCUUUGUAUGACAAGGACACCCCAGAGCGCUGGCAAAAUGUGGCCAAGGCUGUUGGUGGGAAAUCUGCAGAGGAAGUAAGGAGGCACUACGAGAUCCUUAUACAGGACCUGAUAAAUAUAGAAGCUGGUCAAAUUCCACUGCCCAAUUACAAGAACUCUGGGAACAAUGAGAGGCUCAUGAAGAAUCUAAGGCUCUAAACUCUAAUGAAGUCAAAAAGCAUCAGGCAUGUGGUCAUAAGAUCUUUAUAAAGUAUGUGCACAAGUACAAAAACCAAAAAAAGAAAGAAGAAGAAAAAGCUAUAUCGCUAACUGUGGUUCUGCUGCCUUUAGCCGUAAAUUUGAGUAUUGAACCAGUCCAAAUGUAUCAUAAAAAAUAAAAGGCUAUGUUUAUGAGCUCAAUAAACUUGUACCGAUUAUCAUUA